AAAGAUAAUUACAAGAGACAUAGCUCUCAGCUGGCUAAUGGUAUUGGAGGUCAUAAGGGCCGCGGGACUCAGGGAUGCCACCACUGCUCAUUGAGCUGCCACCUGCCUGGGAUCGGUAGGGGACUGAGGCUAGGUCACAGGCUCAGGGUUCGUCUCUGGCCACUCCAGGGAAUCAGCCCCUCUCUUCUCUACUCCUAGGACUUUCCUCUGACUCAGAUCCUGGUAUCGGCCUUCACGGAACAUGCCUGACACCCCAAUAGAAGACUCUAUUUUCCAUAUCAUUCACUGCUAUCACCUCUAUGCUGCUAGAGAGGGAGAUGUGGACACCCUAAGCCUGGACGAGCUCAGUGCCCUGCUCACAGAAAACAUGCCCCGAUUCAUGGAGGGUCUGGGCCGGAGUCAGCCGGAGUAUUUGAAGCAACUGUUUCAAGUGGCCGACAAGGACAAAGACAACCAGAUCUGCUUUGACGAAUUUAUCUACAUUGUGGGAAAGGUGAUGAAGGACUAUCACCUGCAGUACCACCGGCAGCUGUGUGCCCACUACUGCCGGGCAAAUGACCUGCACUGAAGGAUGCACCGAUUCCUCCUGACUCCUUUCCCGCCACAGUGCCCUGGAGACCUCAGUGAUGCCAGCAUCUGUGGGUUACCAGGCCAUGUGGGACGCUGGGAGCAGGGAUGCUUUUUGAGUCUGGGUUUGACUGACGUUCUAUAGCUGUUUGACCAUGGACAAGCUAUUUUACAUUUCUGAAAAGAGGUUUCCAUCUCUGUAAAAUGAAGAUAAUAAUAAUUGCAAUGCCAGCCUCACAGGAUUGUUAUGAGAAAAUUACUUUUGUAAUUACUUUUGAAGGGUUACGGACAUGAGAAUAUUUUUCAGUUAGGGACCGGGGCUGGGAGUGGGGAGAUAUUUCAGCUUGUAAAACAAAAACAAGGUGGAUAUGGAACCAGGCAUUGCUUAUUUUGCAGGGAGAUAGAGUGGGGAUAUGAGGGUAGGGGUAGGGAAAGGCAGUUCUUUACCACUUGCCAUGGGCCAGUGACUUAACCUCUCAAAGCCUCAGUUUUCUCAUCUGUAAAAUGUUGAUAAUACUUGCACUGCCUACCUCAAAGGGUUGUUUUGGGGAGAGCACUUCAUGAGCUCUUGUUAUUUUUUUAUUUAAGCUGAUACGGGGGCAUAAAUAAAGUAACUUCCUAUCUUUGGGGUUCUACUAA